CCCCGGUGGCAGAGGGGAGCACAAAUGCCCUGCCCGGUCGUGUGAGCCGCGCCAGCCGGCGGAGCAAAUGCCCCAGCAUUUGCUGUCAGACCCGAAAGUGAUCUGAUAAACCUGCUGGGAGGACGCAGGCUGGCGAGAAGACCUCACAGAGCGGGGCAGAAGCACGCCAUGGCAUGGAGCAGUCCUACAAGAAAGCUGCGUAGUCCAAGGUUGGAGCUCCUGACGCGGCCGUAGGCUGGGUACAUUGCAAAGAGAGUGUUUCGAGGUGGUGAAUGAGCGCCUUCAUCCCAAGAGAGCCUUCCAGCUCCUGCCAGGGAAGCGUUCCGGGAGGGAGCAAGCAUGCACAAACAGGCUUGUGGAUGGUUCAGGGGAAGGUGGAGAGCACAAAAAAAUUGUAUCUGGUUUACCCAGGAGUUCGCAUCCUCAGAAAGAGACAGAUGCACAGACACCAAGACGACCUGUGAAGAAGCUCCAUGAAGGUGACCAGCCAUGCAAUGUUCCUGGAAGGCUGUCCUCCUCCUAGCCUUGGCAUCCAUUGCGAUCCAGUACACAGCAAUCCGGACCUUCACUGCCAAGUCCUUCCACAGCUGCCCCAACCCCAACCCCGUCAACUGCAGCCUGAGCCCGGACACGGAUGCAAACGACAGGCUGUGCGAUGAGAGCCCCACCUUCGCAUAUAACCUCUCCAGGAAGACACAUGUCCUCAUCCUUGCCACCACCCGCAGCGGCUCCUCAUUUGUUGGGCAGCUGUUUAACCAGCACUUUGAUGUCUUCUAUUUAUUCGAGCCCCUCUACCACGUACAGUACACCCUGAUCCCAAAGCUGACCCAGAGCAAGAGUAUGAUGGACAGGCGGGUCAUGCUGGGCGCCAGCCGAGACCUGCUGAGGAGCCUGUAUGACUGUGACCUCUACUUCUUGGAGAACUACAUCAAACCCCAGCCUGUCAACCACACCACUGACCGCCUCUUCCGCAGAGGAGCCAGCAAGGCCCUGUGCUCACCGCCUGUUUGUGAGUCCCUGGGAGCUGUCGAUCUCCACCUGGAGGAGGGAGACUGUGUGAAGAAGUGUGGGACCUUGAACCUGACACUGGCCACCGAGUCCUGCAGAGAGCAUGGGCACGUGGCCAUCAAAACCGUGCGGGUGCCUGAGGUCAGUGACCUACGGGCCCUGGUGGAGGACCCACGGCUGAACUUGAAGGUCAUCCAGCUGGUGAGGGACCCCCGGGGGAUCCUGGCAUCCCGGAGCGAGACCUUCCGGGACACCUACCGCCUGUGGAGGAUCUGGGAUGGCACUGGCAGGAAGCCAUACAACCUGGAUGUGACCCAGCUCACCACGGUGUGUGAGGACUUCUGGAAUUCUGUGUCCACUGGCCUCACCCGGCCACCAUGGCUCAAGGGCAAGUACAUGCUGGUGCGGUAUGAAGAUUUGGCCAGGAACCCCAUGAAAAAGACCGAGGAGAUCUAUGAUUUCUUGGGCAUCCCUAUGGACAGCAAUGUGGAGCGCUGGAUACAGAACAACACCCGAGGAGACAGGUCCUCCUCCAAACACAAGUAUGGGACUGUGCGCAACUCGGCGGCGACAGCGGAGAAGUGGCGGUUCCGCCUGUCCUACGAGAUCGUGGCGUUCACCCAGCACGCCUGCCAGCAGGUGCUGGCCCAGCUUGGCUACAAAGCUGCUGGCUCUGAGGAGGAGCUAAAGAACCUCUCCAUCAGCCUGGUGGAGGAGAGAGACUUCCUGCCCUUCUCCUAAGGGAGCCCCGGGGCAGGGGGGCAGUUUUGAUAUGGACUGUUUCUAACUGUUGCCUUAUUUUAUUUUAUUUCAUUUUGUUUCCCCCCCUCUUUCUCUCUCUUGUCUUUUUCUCUCCAAAAUUUGCACUAAACCUUGAGCAGGAAUCUCAACAGAGUCCAGGGGAAGCGAUUGCUGCCCCUCAACACGUUUCGGACACAAGAGGAGUUGGGUCUCUCCAGGCAAGAGCUAGAACUGUGGAUGGGUAACAAUGUUUACAAAACACAAAAUGUAUAAAGCAACCUUCAAGAUUUCCAAACUGAAGGGUACCUGGGGUACUGUACUUUUGCACUGUUUACUUUUACAAUGUAAGAGGUAAAUAUAAAUAUAAUUUAUGAA